AUGGCUCUUCCAGACUCUUCCAAAGAGGACGCCAACAAAGGCUUGGGCAAGAAGAUCAAUGCUUCCACUAGGCUAGUACAUCGAACGCUUAAUAAGCUUAUACUGGAUCGACUACCAUUGGCGCUUCCACCAAGAGCGCAAAACCCUUCACUAUACACUUCGGGCAUACUACACAUAGCCUCUAUCUACAUUGCCUUUGAGUCAUUAUGGCGGCAAAUACUCGACUAUCAAAGGCUAGACAAUGAAAAGUCAGACGACCUGUUCUGGGCAAAGAUGAUUCCACUUGGAAGGAUAAACCACAAGCAACCUACCUUCCCCUGGCCAUUUUCCACAAAGACAAAGUCCAACAAGAGGACUCGGGAACUUCUGGCUGAUAUGCACGAUCCCAAGCUGGAACGGACGCCGAGGCUGGUGGCAGACAUCCGCGCUCUGACGGGCUGGUCCAGGGACGAAGUAACGGCCGAGGUACGCGCCAUCACGACGGGUGAUGGUGCACUUGCGCACAUGGUCAGACACAUGAACGAGUCGGUUUGUGAAAACCCGCACGUUUUGCUUGCUUACGGAUGGGUCAUGUACAUGGCGCUUUUCUCGGGCGGGCGGUUCAUGCGGGCAACUCUCGAAAACGCUGUCGGUGACCCAGACCUACCAUUUUGGGCGGCGAACCCAGGACGAAUAGCCCCAAGUCAACGACAGUCCGUCUCAGGACGAACCGCCAUAGAAGAUCCAGGAUUUGCAGACAACGAAGGCGAGCAUCCCUCGUGUGUUCGUUUCCUUGAUGGUGAUGGCGGGCACAGGCUACCACUUGAUUUUCUGCACUUUUCGACGGAGCGGGACGGCGAGGAUCUCAAAGAAGCGUUCAAGAGCCGCAUAGAGACAGCAGAGGCCUCGCUCACCCCGGCUAGACUGGACGACGUAGUACGGGAAGCCAAGUGCAUUUUCGAAUCCCUGAUUCAUAUCAUCGAAGAUCUCGACAGGAUUUGUGGCACGCCAGCAACGACAGGCGUACAGCCCGGUCUAAGUCCCAGUAGCAACCUGCCCCCCACCCCAGGCCCGUCGUCUAUCGCCUAUGGUCAUUUUUUCGGCGGGGGUGGCGUCCACAGCGUCUGCGCCGACGUCAAUGCGGGCAAAGAGACGACCUCCCAGCGCAACUUCAGCAAGUCCUGGACCGAGAUUCUGGCCUCGGGUCGGCUCAGGGAUAGCAUCGCAGUAUCCAAAGAGCGUUCGGCCAAGGCGACGUUGAAGAGAAAGGCGGCGACCAUUGGCGUUGGCAAGAAAUCCAAGAAGCAGGAUCGUGAUGCCACCUGA